GCUCUCGACAAUUGUCAUGUACAUUUGAUAGUUUUAUGAUGACGAUUUUUUGUGGAUUUGGCACAUAAACCAUAGUUAAUUUUGAAAACAUUUAUGUUUCCAUGACAAUAUUUAGUGCAUUAUAUCGUAACAAUUAUAAUUAAAAAGAAAGUAAUUACCACAUUUUGAUCGGGUAUAGUAUCACGAAAACAAUAAUACUACGUAUAUCACUUUAAACAGCCUUAACCAGUAUAGCUCGUGAAAACCAUCAAAUUUUUAUUGCAUCAUUACGAUAUUUGGAUAAAUAAGUGAGAAAAUUAUAAUAAAAGACGGCGGGUCGAAGCAAUAGUAUGAGGAGAGCUCGAGACGGUUACCAGUAUCAGCCCAUUCCUCGGGCUCCAACUGAAGAUGUUUUGGAACAUGAAAAUGAACGAAUGGCCGAAGAGCUCGGUGGUAAAAUCUCAACACUUAAACAUAUGUCAAUAGAAAUCGGAAAUGAAGUUCGCUAUCAGGAUAAAAUUCUACGUGGUCUGGAUGACGAUGCUGAUAGAAGCUCUGGAUUCCUAGGAAAAACGAUGAACAGGGUCCUUAAACUUGGCAAGGGCAAUCACAACUACUACAUUUUUUAUUUGUUCCUAUUUUCGAUUUUUGUUUUCUUUGUGCUGUACAUUGUUUUAAAAUUCAGAUGAUGAUUAGGUCGUAGUUUAGGUCUUACUUUCUUUCCUACAUGUAUAUUAUUGGUAUUGUUAUGUAAAUAAUAAAAUGUAUAUUUAUUAUAAAAUAUAUUGCUUAUCUUACAGAAAUGUAUCUCCUCAGUCUAUCAUAUUAGUGGGCACUCUGAUUGCAACACAUUACAGCUUUAUUAAAAGUAAUAUCAAUGGACUGUUUUAGAGUAGCGACUAUGUACUAGCACUGAGUAUGAUUACUUUACAUGAAAUCCAAUGGUUUCACAUAUAAGAGUCAAACUUAGUAUUAAGUCUGUCUAAAAUUAAGAUUCUAAGAGUAAUCCCUAAGGUCCCAACUCACAGUUUAAAUUACAAAUCAUUUUUCUAGUAUUUUGUUAGAUAGUUAUCAAAUGAGUUUUAGGCGAUACAUCAUGGGAGCCUCUUGUCGGUUCUAUAAAAAAAAAUAUUUCACCAGCAGGUGAAAUCACAGGACACUUUAAAUAAAACUUGCUAUUUGUUUUAUUUGAAUUGUAAAAAUUGCUAAUUAGCAAAUUUUUACAAAUACAGUGUAAACUCGAUGUUACAUUCCUCGAUUUAACUACAAAGUUCCGAAAGCAUUGAAAUCAACAGGCUUUGGUUGGUUUAGCUUGUCUUCCAUACAAUGAUACACUCAACAUAGCAUUUCACCCACUCUCAAUAAUGACAACAAUUGAGUAAUAAUGUACUUUUAAGUUGCUAAAAUAAGUAAAACUGCACAGCAGUGUACAUUCUUUUGUGGCUUUAUUAUCCUAGCCUGCAAUAAAUUCGACUGUUGGCAUCAUGCAUACAAAUUUUCUAAGAAAUAUGUUCUUUUGUUUACAAAUAAGGAUUGCUUGCAUGUGUAGACUGUUAUUGACCAUGACUAAGUAGGAGUCAUGGAUUUUCUAUUUUUCUUCCCUCCAUCAAAAAAAAAACACUAUAAUGCCAUAACAUGCACAGUCCCUUCAGUGUUGUUAUAUAAAGGUUACAGCUGUAAAUAUGUUGUGUUUAGUUUAUAUUCAAUAUAAUUUUGUGAAAAAUUAGUUAUGAAGAUAAAUUUUCUGAAGGUAAUUUUUAUUUAUUACAAUAUAUACAAUUCUUUUAAUAAAUUACAGUUUUCUUCACCAAACAUGUCUUUUGUUACUGCAACAUAUAAAUUACAAGUGGAGUUAAUACUUAAAGAACAACUGCUUGCAGUAUCUAAGAGUAAUGCAACAAUACCACAUGCAUUCUUUAAAUUAGAUUUAUUUGCAAAUUUGUCUAAACUAUCUAGUAUAAUUGUUUUGGGUACAUUUUUCCAUUCUGUUAAGGAGGCAAGGUUUUCAAUAAGAGACAAACUGUUUGAUGUAUAUAAAAAACUUAUCAUUUUUAUAUAAUGUCUUUCAAUUGAACUUAUGUCCUGUGAUAAUUCUGGUAACUUGUUUAAUUCUUCUUGCAAUAUAUACAAUACUUUCCCAUCUUUUGCGUGAAAUAAAGCUUUCUCAAAGAGUUUCCUUCUAUUUUUAUCUUCAUCUUCAAAUAAGAACUCAGCAGUCGCCUUUGCCAU